AUGACCACGCUUGACCAUACUGGUGUAGGUCCGCUCCAGGUGCCUGGAUUUGGCUCCAUCCCCUUAGACUACCAGCUCGUGCCAGAGGCCCGCUUUGCCCAUGGACUCGUGGACUAUCGUCACUUCCCUCGACUGACCAAACGCGAGAUGGCCAUGAUUCAACUCAAGCAACGCAUUACGGAGCAGCCAGAGUGGGAUCGUGCCAUCUUGGACUCAGAUGAAGCCCUACUCACGCCGCCCACAGAACGCAUGGACAUCCGAACCACUUCCUACGUCAAUAACCUGCAAUUAAUCGACCACUGUCAGCUAUAUAAACACCUUAAGCACCUGAUCGUGAGUUCCAUUCCUUCCUGGAACGAGGCCUUAUUUUACGGCAAUACCCGUGGCCGCCAUCUGCCCCGCAUCCUGAUAUAUGGAGGCGAAGUCCAUGACUAUAGCGAGGAGCACCAAGCAUUUGAGCUCCAGUAUGAGGUGCCCCAGGCACUCGCGACAGUUUUUGAUCUGGACUACUGGAAUCCCUAA